AGGCAUUUUUUUUUCUUCUUGAUCUCUAUCUUACAAUGUCCAUGUCACCUUCAAAACAAGUAGCGAUACAAGCUUAUCGUCACUUGCUUAAAACCCAACGAGAAGUUUUUGCCAAUGAUCAUAGAGCCAUUCUUGCUGCCAAAAAGGAAACCUAUGCUCGAUUUAUGCAAUCCAAAGAUGAAACAAACACAGAUAUCCUUGAAGAAAAAUUCAAUUUAGCUAGACAAGUGGCAACACUAUUGAGAAGAAAUGUAAUUCAGGGUGUACCCAAAGAUGAAAACACAUACAAAUUGAGAAUCACAAAAGAUACAGAAUUAGGUGACAAUGAUUCCAUCAAAAAAGCAAAGAACAUAUAUCGUAAAAAAGGAAAAAAGCAUCAACAUACAGGAGGAUGUUGUGGUGGAAAUCAUUAAAUAUCAAUAAACCAAUGUCAUUUAUGCAAUGCGUUGUCAAGGACAACAGUUUGCUAGGUAACAACACAUGAAUGUCAUUUUUGAUUGGCUGGC